CAUGCUCCAAACAAAACGAGGUACGUUUGUUUCGGUUUGUUUUCAUGGUGAACAUUAAAUGACGGAGUGUCACAGAAGUUGCUUUUAAGUGUGGAACCAAAUCGACGCAAAAGCACAGACACAGGGCACUCACGGAUUAACAAAAUGUCCUCCCCUGAGCCGGUCGUCAGGUCGAGACAGACAGAGAGAGACGUGAAUGGAGUUUCAACUCAGGUCGUCUGCACAGAGUUCAGUAAUUACAUAUUCGUAGUUCUCACUCAGUACGGCAAAAUCGGGACAUUGAUAUCUGUCACACCAGACUCCAAAUCCAAUGACAUCAGCACCCCAACGCUCUCCACCAAAGUGCUGCUGGGCAAAGAAGAGCCACUGACACACGUCUGUGCCAAAAACCUGGCAAUGUUUGUGUCGCAGGAAGCCGGCAACAGGCCUGUGUUACUGGGACUGGCACUAAAGGAUUCUUCCAUUGAUUCAAUAAAACAAAUGAAAGAGAUAAUCAAAAGCUGUCAAGUCUGGUAGGAAGUCAACAAAAUGGGCACAUAGCCCUUUGGAAGCCCCCAGCGCCACAUUUUCCCCUUUUUGUCUUUUUUAACAAUUUCCUUACAUGCCGAAUACAUACCCUGGGGCUUAAGAUGGAAAUGUACAUAUCCAAUUUCAUUCACCCUUAUCCUUUUUGAUUUAUUGAGAUGGGGAGAAACAUUUUAUGGAUAAAACAAGUGAGACCUAAUCUGGAUUUAAGGGUGUCUUGUGUGUAUGCCAGUGUGCUCUCAAAAAUUGAGGAUUGAGCAGUGAAUAAGCUUUGAUUUGGAAAAAAGGAGUACAAUAUUCUGAUUUAAAAGUAAAUAUUCAAAGUUAAGACGGGAUGAGACUUAAGAAAUAAAACUUGUCACUUGUAAAAGUUGUCCUUUUUCUGUCUUUGAAACAAAAGCACCUCAGUCAAUUUUGCACCGGUGACGAAUUGCUUAGGCUUAGUACCGGAUAAACAUUUUAAGUAUCACAAAUAUCCCCAUCAAACUGGAAAAUUGGGUCUGGCCUUUUCUAAUCAGGCCAGGGUCUUUGCUUCAUUUAUCAGUUGCGGCUUUAUUACACAGGCUACCAAGCAGUUAAGCAGUAAUUUAGACUCUGUCAGCACAUUUCAAAGCAGCACAUUUUGUGCCACUAGUGUUUUACUGCAAGCCCUUCACAGUAGUCAAUGUAUUCACAUUGUAAGACUUGCACUGGUCGUGUGGAAUAUUGAUUGUAUCUGUGUUAAUAAAUAUAUUUGUAACGUA